AUGGCUCCCAAAAAGUCAUUUGACGGCAAGAGGAAGAAGGCCAAGGUCGAUCGCACACAGGCCAAUGGCUUCGAUGAAGUUUUGCAGGCCGAUAUUGAUGCGCUACUAAAACGCAACCGUCCUGAGCAAUAUUCGUUCGAGGGCGACAGCGGCUCCCCUCCUCCCCCCACCCUACCAGAAACAUUUACCGAGAUCGAUGUAACAGUGGCCGAAAUUUCCUCGAAGGGUGAUGGCCUUGCCCUAUCCGAAAACUGCGAUCAUGUCUACGUGGUCCCUUUUACAGUUCCAGGCGACAAGGUGCGGGUAAAGGUUAUCAAGCACUUCCAACCUCUGUCUUACAGCAUGACGGACUUUAUCAGUGUAAUUGAGGCAGGCCCCAAGAGAAAUGAUGCCGGCAUUGGAUGCGGUUACUUUGGGAAAUGCUCGGGUUGUCAAUUGCAGAUGCUGUCCUAUGAUGAUCAGCUCGAUCACAAACGGCGCAUUGUGGAGAAGGCCUACGCCAACUUUUCUGGUCUUAUUCCCGAGCUGAUCCCUACUAUUGGAGAUACCUUCCCAUCACCUUUGCAAUAUGGAUACCGCACAAAACUCACACCGCACUUCGCCAAUGGCGGCCCUCGAAGAGGCAAGAGAGAAGAGAUUCCUCUGGAUCAACCAGUGAAGGUCCCUGCUAUUGGAUUUACUUACAAGGGUCGCAGAAUGGACAUCGAUAUUGAAGACUGCCCAUUAGGUACGGAUAUUGUUCGUCUUGGCCUCAAGAGUGAGCGAAAGCGCGUGGCUGAGAACAUCCGCUCCUACAAGAAGGGCGCAACUCUGCUGAUGCGCGAAACAACUACUCGGAUUCCCAAGGAGAACCUAGAGGCCGAGUCUGAGAAUAAGAAUUCUGAGACCAAGGAUUCUGAGACCAAAGAGACUGAGACCAAGGAGACUGCUAGCUCGUCAAAACCAGGCAUAGACAGUGGCGAUGUCAUCCGAGUGGAACACGAAACCUAUAUUGAAGAGAAGAGGUGUAUCACAGACAACAAUGCUACCUCGGUGGAGUACGUAGACGACUACUAUUUCAGCAACAAGGCAGGAGCCUUCUUUCAAAACAACAACUCCAUCCUCUCCGGCUUCACUGAGUUCAUCCGCUCUCAAGCUCUUCCCGCAGGCAAUGAUCAAGAUCCUCGCCCUAUCAAAUAUCUCCUGGAUGCCUACUCCGGCUCCGGCCUUUUCACCAUCACCCUCUCCCCGCUUUUCAAAUCAAGUCUUGGUGUCGACGUUGCCGGUGACUCUAUCAUCUCUGCACGCGAAAACGCCCUGGCAAACAAGCUCCCCAACACUGGUUUCGCCGCUGCCGAUGCCGCAGUCCUGUUCAAGGAUGUUCCCUACCCUCCUGAUCAGACUUUGCUUGUCAUUGACCCACCUCGCAAGGGCUGCUCUGAGGACUUCCUUCAGCAGCUAUUGUCUUUCAAGCCUCGUCGUGUUGUCUAUGUUAGUUGUAAUGUGCAUACACAGGCGCGCGAUGUUGCGGUUAUGGUUCAGGGCGAUGAGAAGAAGAAUGUUCGUUACGAGAUCGAGAGCAUUCGUGGCUUUGAUUUCUUCCCUCAAACGGGACAUGUGGAGGGUGUGGCCAUUCUGAAUCGGGCUGAGUUCCCUCAAAAAGAAGAGACGGCAUGA